AUGGGUAAAAAUAUUGUUGUUUUUUCUACCGUUCUUGUUUUUCUCUUCUCUACAUCAUAUGCAACUCCUGGCAUUGGAACUUUCUACACGACUUACACUCCAUCGGCAUGUUACGGAGGUAAGCAAGAAGGAGUGUUCAUAGCUGCAGCGAGUGAUCAAUUAUGGAACAAUGGUCAAGUUUGUGGCAAAAUGUUCAGAGUGAAAUGCACCGGAGCUCGUAACGCCGUGCCUCACCCUUGCACGGGAAAAUCCGUAAUUGUCAGAAUCGUCGACCAUUGUCCCAAUGGCUGUGCUUCUACUAUCGAUCUUUCCCGAGAAGCUUUUGCUCAGAUCGCUAAUCCUGUCGCUGGGAUUAUUAACAUUGAUUAUACUCCGUAA